UUAUAGGUAAACCAACCCACACAGAUUCCCCUUAAAAAUAAAAAUCACUUCAUUCCAUACAUAAACCGAAUCAACCCAAAAAAACUCAAUCCCCAAAUAAGACUCGAACUGCCCUAAUUACCGCUCCCCCCUCCUCCUCCAUGGCUCCAUCACUCUCCUCCUACCUCAGCCUCGCCUCCCUCUACACCUUCUACCUCCGCCGCUGCUUCUCCGCCGCCGGCCUCUCGGAGAAAACCGCCCCCACCGACCCAACAACCACCGUCCAGUUCUGGUCCCCAACAAAACCCAACCCACGAAACCCUUCCCUCCUCCUCCUCCACGGCUUCGGCCCCGUCGCCACCUGGCAGUGGCGCCGCCAGGUCCAGCACCUCGCCACUCGCUACAACGUCUACGUCCCGAACCUCGUCUUCUUCGGCGACUCCCACACGACGUCGUCCCGCCGGUCCGAGGUCUUCCAGGCGGAGGCGGUGGCGGCGCUGAUGGACAAGCUCGGGGUGGCGGGGAAGUACUCCGUCGUGGGGACCAGCUACGGCGGGUUCGUGGCGUACCACGUGGCGAGGAUGUUCCCCGACAGGGUGGAGAAGGUGGUCGUGGCCAGCUCCGGGAUCAACAUGCGGCCGGCCGACAACGACGAGCUCGUGAGGAAGGCGAAGGUGGAGAGCAUCGGGGACCUCAUGCUGCCCCAAACGGCGUCGCAUCUGAGGGCCCUGCUCGGCGUCGCUGCCUCCGCUAGCGUCCGGAGGGCGCCCGAUUUCCUGCUCAAUGACCUCGUCAACGUAAAACUGUACGCGGAGAAGCGGAAUGAGAAGUUGGAGCUUUUGCAAGGGUUAACUCUGGGCCAGGAUGACACGCCGACUCUUUCACCGCUGCAACAGGAGGUAUUGUUAAUAUGGGGAGAAGAAGACCAGAUUUUCCCUUUGAAGAUGGCUCAUGAACUCAAGGGGCUAAUAGGGAAGAAGAACAAUGUGAAGUUGGAAGUGAUGAAGAAAGCAUCGCAUGUGCCGCAGAUUGAAGACGCGCCCCAGUUCAACAAAAUCCUCCAUGCUUUCUUGUCUUCUUAAACUCUGUCCAUUUUCCCAAUGGAUCCCCAAACAUUAGUGUUCCGUUAUAUUGCAGGGUGCUGACUGCUGACUAAACACCCAAUCAUCAUUAAUUUUACUUUCAGGAAAACACAAAAAUAAAAAAAUUACAGCCAACCCCUAUUUGACCAGUUUUCCACGACCAACUUUCCAUAUUCGUUCAACUGUUUAUUUUUCCUCCCUUCUUCCCGGUAAGAACCUUUCGAAAGUAAUGUAACCUCCAAUGGGUUUAGGCAUGAAGAGCACAAGGAAGUAUUCGAGGAGGUUCCCAGAGAAUACCUCAUGCUGUGACUAAGAGUAGGGGUGGCAAAAAUUUCAUGAUUAACCGUUCGAAUCCGAUCCGGUUAAAUAGGAUAAAAUUCAAGCUACAUACAUUACGUAAUGGAAUGGAUAAGAUUCGAAGCUGAAUAUUAUG